GGCUCAAUCCACGUGGUCCGGAAAGGGGCGGGCACAAGCAAGGGCCCCUGGGGUGUGUGAUUGGUUCGCGCGCUGUCCCCUCCCACUUUCUCGCGGAGCCCUUCAGCGAAGAGACCCAAAAGGGGAUUGAAGCCCGCGUGGGUAACCUGGGGUCGCGCGCGCCUUUUCCCGCAAUGGCGCCUAACGGCGAUUUAAUGGGGGCCGCCGAAGAUGUCGCUGAUCAGUUCUUGCGCGUGACAAAGCAUGUACUACCUCAUCUGGCUCACCUCUGCCUAAUCAGCACAUUUUUGGAAGAUGGCAUCAGGAUGUGGUUCCAAUGGAACGAGCAGCGGGACUACAUCAACAUAUCUUGGGGAAGCGGUGUAUUCGUAGCCACACUUUUUGUCUUAAUCAAUAUGUGUGGACAGCUGGCUGGGUGUGUGUUUGUCCUAGCAAGAAAGUUUGUUCCUUAUGCAUGUUUUGGUCUAUUUGGAAUUAUUUUUAUGCAGACAAUUGUCUACAGUAUUUUAUGGGACCUCAAGUUCUUAAUGAGAUUUUCCAAGAUAUUUUUGGCAUGGCUCUUAUUAUUUUGGUAGCCAUUGGCUUCAAGACCAAGCUUGCUGCUCUCACUCUGGUCAUCUGGCUUUUCAUCAUCAACCUGAUCCAGAAUGCCUUCUGGCACAUCCCCAACUACAGCCCCCUUCAUGAUUUCCUCAAGUAUGACUUUUUCCAGACCAUGUCUGUCAUUGGUGGCCUGCUGCUUGUUGUGGCAUUAGGACCUGGGGGAGUUUCCAUGGAUGAGCACAAGAAGAAAUGGUGAAGAUGGACUCUGUACUAUUUAGUGGGAGGGAAGGGGGGGGGGGUUGGAAGGAAAAAGGGAGAGGAGAUAAACUACUGCUGUUUCAACCUGUGUAAUCUUUGACUCUCUUGAGAUUUAUCAUAGUUCACAGUUGCCUUAUCAGGGUAGGAAAGCUUUUGUUUUCCACCCUGUUUGAGACAUGUAAAUUAAAACCAAAUUAUAUAUAUGUAUAUGUAUCGAUCUUGUGGUUUUUAAAAUUUCCACCUUCAAAAUCCCACAACUUCCUGAAGCAUUUUUUUAAAAAAAAAAGAUUAUAUCAUAUUAUUCAAACAUAUCUUCAGACAGAGAAAAUUAAAAGUAACACAAGAUUUUUACUGUCUUUGGAUUUGAGCUAAUAAUGGAAUGAUAAAGUUUACAUUGUGGAAAUAACUGCAGUGCCAUUUUAAACUGUGGGAAUAAUAAAACAUGGAAAAAUUCAAA